AUGCCCCCUCGCGGCAAUGAAGGACUGGAUUUCACCCCAAUAUUAACACAUUAUCUCUUCUUGUUCACUAGUAUUCUUGCAGUGGUUGGCUGGUUUGUAGCCUUCAUAUCACAAGCAGUCGUGACUGCACAAUUCGGCCAUGGCGCUGUUGGAACCCUUUGGUUUGCGAUCUUUCUCGAACUCUUCCUCGUCGUUGGCGUCCUAUACACUCUUGCCAGCGACUCGAUAGCGAUGCAUCGCUUCCAGAUCUCCACCUUCGGUGCGGUUGCCAUCGUAUUUUCCGUCCUCGGCGUAGAUGCGGGAAUCUUCACCGGACAGGCUGCUCGAGGUGCAAUGGCUGCUGGUUGGCUCAUCCUCGCCGUCGUCAAUAUUCUCUGGGUCCUCUACUUUACUUCAGAGGAGGACUCGCUUACUCUUCACGUCUUUAAUGCAUUGGGCACUGGCGGCCUCACCCCUCCUUCACGCAGGCGUCGCACACGCACGCAGUCCGUCCAUAACAUGGGAGCUGGGAACGGCUACGGCGGAGGAUACUCUUCUCCAGCAGGCGUCGGCUCGGCUCCAUACGACACCAAAAUGACAACCAACUUUAGUCCGGGGGCGGGUAUUCGGAGCCAGGGAAGUCUCCACGGGAGUUCUGGCGUGGACGGGGGGCCCCCAAAGAGUUUGAAUGGGGCACCGAGCAUAGCAAGCAACAUGGCUCCAGGAGCAUCGUCGAUGCCAGGAGAGAACGGAGGGGUGACUUCGCCGCUCACGACUCCUGGAAAUGCGGGGGUUGGUUCAGGAGGAGGCCCCCCAUUGCCUGAGGAUACCAGCAUAAAUUCGGAGGGAUACGCAUAUAAAGCAAAAGCACUUUAUGCUUAUUCUGCAUCGCCUGAUGAUCCAAAUGAGAUAUCGUUCGCCAAGGGCGAAAUCAUGGACAUCAUGGACAAACAGGGCAAAUGGUGGCAAGCUAAGAAGGCAGAUGGGUCGAUUGGCAUCGCGCCAUCGAAUUACCUUCAGAUUAUCUAACCCAUCUAUUGGGUUGCUUGACCCAUUUCGCAUUUUCUUCUGCAUACGAACAUCACGAAACGAGAAGCGCACAGCGUGCGAUGAUGCCUACUCGACCUCAUACAUACCCUAUUAAUACUGAGCCACCGUCCUCACUCCUUCUAAGCACCACCUGCUCCUUUCUCCUCCCUUUCUGGUGCUUGGGCGAUGCUGUUGAUAACAGGGGUUUAUCUUAGUGCCUCAUCGUUCAUUUCAUUGCUGCUUCAGUGACAUGUCGCGAUUCCUAGGUAUGUCGUCUGUUAGUCUAUCUCGAACACUCUUGUUGUGCUAUCUAUAUCAGCCACGAUCGGGAUACCUCCCAGUUUGGACUCUUUGUUUACCUACCAUUUCGUUUUCCCUGUGUGGAGUUCGACGGACUCGUGUGCUCUGCUCGGUCUAUAGGCUACGCACUGUAUGUGUUCAAUACGACUCGCUUUCAUAUCG